AUGUCGUGUUUGUUUCCCAUUUGUCUUUUGUUUCUCAUUCUUGUCUCUAUGUCCUUCUUUUUUCUUGAUUAUUUCUUGAUCCCUUUCUCUUUCUAUUUCUUAUUCUUUUCUUCUUUCUUAUUCUUUUCUUCUAUUUCUUAUUCUUUUAUUUCUUAUUCUUGUCUUCUUCUUAUUCUUGUCUUCUAUUUCCCAUUCUUGUCUUCUAUUUUCAUUUCUUGUCUUCUAUUUUCUAUUCUUGUUUUUGUUUCAUUCUUGUCUUCUAUUUCUCAUUCUUGUCUUCUUUUUCUCAUUCUUGUCUUCUAUUUCUUCUUUCUUUUCUUUUCUUUUCUUUAUUCUUGUCUUCUUUUUUCUAUUCUUGUCUUUUGUUUCUCUUGUCUUUUUCUUAUUCUUGUCUUUGUUUCUUAUUCUUGUCUUUUAUUUCCCAUUCUUGUCUUUUGUUUCCCAUUCUUUUCCAUUUCCAUUUCUUGUCUUUCAUUCCCAUUCUUGUCUUCAAUUUCUCAUUCUUGUACUUUUCAUUCUUUCUUUCUUUCUAUUUCCAAUUCUUGUCUUCUUCCAUUUCCCAUUCUUGUCUUCCCCUUUUCUUGUCUUCUAUUUCUUAUUCUUGUCUUCUAUUUCUUAUUCUUGUCUUCUAUUUCCCAUUCUUGUCUUCUAUUUCUUAUUCUUGUCUUCUAUUUCUUAUUCUUGUCUUCUAUUUCUUAUUCUUGUCUUCUAUUUCUUAUUCUUGUCUUCUAUUUCUUAUUCUUGUCUUCUAUUUCUUAUUCUUGUCUUCUAUUUCUUAUUCUUGUCUUUUGUUACUCAUUCUUGUCUAUUUCUCAUUCUUGUCUUUUGUUUCUCAUUCUUGUCUUUUGUUUCUUAUUCUUGUCUUUUGUUUCUUAUUCUUGUCUUUUGUUUCUCAUUCUUGUCUUUUGUUUCUCAUUCUUGUCUUUUGUUUCUCAUUCUUGUCUUUUGUUUCUCAUUCUUGUCUUUUGUUUCUCAUUCUUGUCUUCUAUUUCUCCAUUCUGUCUUUUGUUUCUCAUUCUUUAUCUUCUCAUUUUCCCUUUGUUUGUCUUCCUUCCCCAUUCUUGUCUUUAUUUCCCAUUCUUGUUAUUUCUCCUUGUUUUUGACUACUUCCAUUCUUUAUUUUCUUAUUCUUGUCUUUAUUUUCUUAUUCUUUGUCUUUAUUUCUUAUUCUUGUCUUUUAUUUCUUAUUCUUUGUCUUCUCAUUCUCUUCUUCUUGUCUUCUAUUUCUUAUUCUUUGUCUUUUGUUUCUUAUUCUUGUCCUUUAUUUCUUCUUCUUGUCUUUGUUUCUUAUUCUUGUCUUCUUCUUUUCUUGUCUUUCUUCCCCAUUCUUCUAUUCCUCAUUCUUGUCUUCUAUUUUUUUCUUAUUUUUUUGUUUAUUCUUCAUUGCCUCUUUUGUUUCUUUUCUAUUCUUUUUCUAUUUCUUAUUUCUUGUCUUUUUUUUCUUCUUGUCUUUUGUUUCUCAUUCUUUUCUUUUUUUCAUUCUUGUCUUUUUGUUUUGCCAUUCUUGUCUUUUUUGUUUCUCAUUCUGUCUUUUGUUUCUCAUUCUUGUCUUUGUUUCUCCAUUCUUGUCUUUGUUUAUCUUUAUCUAUCUUUCUCCAUUCUUUUGUUCUCAUUCUUUAUUAUUGUUUCCCCAUUCUUGUCUUUUUUUUUUAUCUUCCAUCUCUUGUCUUUAUUUCUCAUUCUUGUCUUUUAUAUAUCUGUCUCCAUUCUCUAUAUUCUUUUUUUAUCAUUUUUGUUCUCAUUGUCUUUUGUUUCUCAUAUCUUUAUCUAUUCUCUAUAUAUCUUUAUUUAUUUCUGUUCUUAUGUUUAUUUCUCAUUCCUUGUUCUCAUUCUUGUUUUUUUUUCCACCAAUUCUUGACCAGGUCGUCUUUGUUUCUUAUUCUUGAAGUUUUCUUAGUCGUUCAUUUCAAUUUUGUCUUCAUUUCUUAUUCAAUAACCUUGUUCUUUCUUCGGCAUUUCUGA